AUGGCGCAAGUGAGCGACAAUGAGCCCUCCAAAUCGUCGAACAGCGCGAGCAGCAGCGGGAGCACGGCCACGAUGAGCGUCGGCUACGACCCGGUGUGGCCACCAAUUACUAUCGACCUGUUGGACGGGGAGUACAUGCACGACCUCAAGGGGCCGAACCAGUCCAGGAAGACGCUCACCGAGUUUGCGAACGCGAUGACGGACAGCGACGUCUGGCAAUGUGUUCUUCCACUACACCACCGUCAUUCAACGGGAUCCGCGCAAGUGAAGCACCCGACCGCCGACCACGACUACUACCACGCGAGCUACGUGGCCGGUUACCGCGCACAGGCGUACAUCUUGGCCCAGUCGCCGAUGCCGCACAACGCCGAGCAGUGGUGGCAUAUGAUUUGGCAGGAGAAGGUGCCCGUCAUCAUCAACAUGGUGCCGCUGGAUGGGGUGGCUUGCCCCCGUUACUUGCCGAUAAACACGGAGAAGGCGCUGACGUUCGGCCCGUUCACGAUCGAGGCGAGCAGCCAUGAGUGUGUGCGUGGCCACUACUGCGCCACCAACAUACACGUGGCCAAGGACGGGAAGGAGUGGCGCCAUUUGCUGCACGUCAUCUGCCACGACUGGGAUACGCGGCUCGGGGGUUGGUCGAGGAGGCCGAGGGGGGUCGGCUGGCUGAACCGUGAGGACAAGUCGCCGAUUCUCGUCUCGUGCCACACCGGGGUGAACCGCUCGGCGACGCUGGUCGCGCUCGACAUUCUGUGCAAGAGGCUCGAAGAGUCGAUCGACGACCCGGAUGGCCCGCUCAUCGACGUCGAGAACACGGUGCUCAAGCUGCGCACGCAACGCGCCAUGGCUGUUCAGCGCCCCGAGCAGUACCUCUUUCUCCACCUGGCCGCCUUUGAAUUCGCGCUGCGCAGGCGCAUGCUGCGCGAUGAGGACGCCCAGGUGGGCGCCAUCAGCGCCUUCAAGCUGGAAAUUACGGAAGACGCC